AAAAAAAAAAAAAAAGAAAAAAAAAAAGGCGCACGGUUCGCGCGUCCCAUUUCACUUGUUCCCUCGCGCUGCUGCUCCCUCCACCUUACUCUGUCGGUUACACUACACCCUCUCCCUCUCCCCUUUUCCGGCCGGUUCUUGCUCCAUCCAUGGCGAUGGCGGCGGAGUGGUGGGAUGCGGCGACGGCGGCCGUCGCGGCGUACACUGGGAUGACUCCUGCGGCGUUCUUCACGGCCGUGGCGGUGGCCGCGGCGCUGUACGUCGCGAUUUCAGGACUGCUCGCGCGGCCGGCGCAGACGUCGUCGACGAGGCAGGAGGUGGCGGCGGCGGAGGAGGAGGAGAGGGCGUUCGAACCACUGCCGCCGCCGGUGCAGCUCGGCGAGGUGACGGAGGAGGAGCUGCGAGCUUACGAUGGGUCCGACCCCAACAAACCGCUGCUCAUGGCCAUCAAGGGCCAAAUCUACGACGUCACGCAGAGCAGGAUAUUUUAUGGACCUGGUGGCCCGUACGCAUUGUUCGCUGGCAGAGACGCGAGUAGGGCUUUGGCAAAGAUGUCGUUUGAAGCAAGUGACUUAACUGGUGACAUUUCGGGGUUAGGUCCGUUCGAGGUCGAGGCCUUGCAAGAAUGGGAGCACAAAUUCAAGAGCAAGUAUGUUACAGUUGGAAUAAUCAAGAAGACUGUUCCACUCUCAGAGGGAGAUGAUACUGCAAGGAACGCUGUGACAACUGAAAGAGACAUAGACGCUAGUACUACCGAAAGCAACAAUGUGCCAGAACCAAAUGAAACUGGAAUAACAGACCAAGGGAGUGUAGCAGAGAAGAUAGCGGAAUCACCUGAUGUCGACGUUAACACAAGCAGCCAUGAAGAUACAGAGGAGAAGGCAAAGGAAUUGCCAGAUUCAGAUGUGACAAAUACAAUCGGCCAAGUUGAUGCAGUGGAGAAGCCAGAGGGAACACCAAACGCAGUUGUAAAGAACAGGAGAAGCAUUGAAGAUGCCGUUGAGCCAAAGGAAACACCUCAGGUAGUAGAUGGGAAAGAUACAUGUGAACCUGAAGGUGCAACAGUGAAGCCAGAAGAAGCAGCAGAUGCCAUAGAAUUAAAGAACACAACCAGUCAUGAAGAUGCUAAGCAACCAAAGGAAAUACGGAAUGAAGAUGAAAAGGAUGUAACCAGCUAUCAACAUGGUGAGGAGAACCCAAAAGAAACUUCAGAUGUAGAGGUUAAUAAUGCAUAGAGUUGCCGCUGUUGCUGGGAAGCUUUCUGGCCGUCUGAGCCAGUUAACAUAAUAGAGUGUAAUGCACAUUGUGGCCAGAAUUCAGUUAUGAAUUCUUGUAUGGAGUACAAUUACAUUUAAACUAAACUAAUGAUAAUAAUAAUGAAUGUACACUCUGAGGAAGGAAAACUGUCAUUCACAUUGGGUCCAAUUA